AUGUUAGAGUUCGCGGACGUCGCCACGAACCUCAAGCCCCUCGGCGCGCUCGACCUCCCUGCGGUGCUCUCGAACCCAUCUCCCUUGAAGUACUUCCGCCUGCUGUCGAUCACUGACCAGCCCCACACCGGGCCCUCCCCCAGAGCCAGCGCGACAGCAUCUCAUCAUCGAGCAGACACUUCCCCCACUCUCGUCGACGCGAUCGCGGGUGAGGGCAAGGACCGGGAUACGUGGAGACCUCGGCGCACAGCUGAGACCCGAGACGAAGAACAACUCGGCGCACAGCUCAGAUCCGAGAUGACGUGUCUGCGCGCGGCGUCGACUACCCUCACGCGCGUUAUCCAGCUCCGGAUCCCAUCGAGUGCCGAGGCGAACGUCUUCAGUAUCAAGCGGCCAGGCGUCUAG